AUCUCAGAGUGAUCAGAAAUCUUCUAAGUCUCUGUUCUUAUGUCCUGGGAUUGCUGAGAAACCAUGUCUAGCCAUUGUUACAGCCACUUUUAUCAGGUAAUCCUAAAUCCCUAAUUUUUGAAAUCCCCCAAUAUUGUAUUGAACUAUUGAUUACCUCCUAAAACCCUAUAAUAAUGUUACUAUUGAACAAACCCACUUCCAAAACCCUUAGAAAGCUACUACCCCCUUAUCAAAAUACAAUCUUUUCCUCUUUGUACCAACCCCAAAACCCUGCUUCCACAUACACCCAGAAAUCGAGCUAUGUUAAUGUCUACAUGAAAUGGAAGAAAGACUCGUACUUUGACACCAUUGACCACAUACACAAGUCAAUAGUGCUUAAACCCAUCAUAAACCUCAAGAACUGCAUUACUGAAGCUCCCAAUGGCUGUAUCCCAAUCUCUCAAGUGUCAAAAAGAGGUUUUGCAUUAGAUGUACCCAUGAAGGUUGCCAAGUUUAUGAGGAAAUACCCAUCAAUAUUUGAAGAGUUUGCUGGGGAAUACAACCAUCCCUGGUUUAGAUUGACCCCAGAAGCAACUGAGAUUGAUGGAGAGGAGAAGAGGGUUUAUGAGAAUUGUAGAGAGGAUUUGAGGGAUAGGCUGAAAAAGUUGAUCUUGAUGAGUAAAGAAAAAGUUUUGCCUUUGAAAAUAAUUCAGGGGAUGGAGUGGUAUUUGGGUUUGCCUGAUGAUUUUUUGCAGUGCCCUGAAAAGAAUCUGGAUGGAUCUUUUCGGUUUGUGAUGAUGGAAGAUGGGUUAGAGGGAUUAGCUGUUGACAGUGGUGAAAAGAUCUUGUCUGUGGUGCAAAGGAAUGCAAUGGAGAAAGGGGUAUAUUCUGGAGGCCCAAUGGAGGCAAUUGAGUUUCCACUUUUCCCUUCCAAGGGUUUGAGGUUGAGGAACAAGAUUAAAGAUUGGUUAAAGGAGUUUCAGAAACUUCCCUAUAUUUCCCCUUAUGAGGAUGUUUCAAAUUUACAGCCGGAUACUGAUGCAUCCGAGAAACGAGUUGUGGGGCUUCUUCAUGAGUUGCUUAGUCUGUUUGUUGAGCAUUCAGCAGAGAGGAAGAAGCUCAAGUGUCUUAAGAAGUAUACGGGACUGCCGCAGAAAGUGCACAGGGCAUUUGAGAGGCAUCCUGAGAUUUUCUAUUUGUCUUGGAGGAACAAGACUUGUACAGCAAUUCUUAAAGAGGCUUACUGUGAUGAGUCUGCUAUUCGGCAGCAUCCACUUUUGGAAGUGAGGAAGAAGUAUAUUAGAUUGAUGAGGGAGUCGGCAGUGAUCUUGAAGAAUAGGAGAGUGAAUGGCUGGUUAGCUGGUGGUGGGAAUAUGAAGCUGGAUUUGGAUCCGGAACCUAAAAUUGAAGACAUAGCAGGAGAUGGGGCGAAUAUAAAGGUGGACUUGGAUUUGGGGAAUGCAGACCAAAGAGAUGGAGAGUGUUCUCAAUAACUGAAUAUUGCAAGAUCUAUCAGAUAGGAUGGAGUUCAAUGAAAACCACCGUAUGUGUUUUGGCUAUAAAUUUGAUUUCCUUCUAGAGAGGUUUCAAAGAGGUGAAGAAUUUUGAUGUUAUGUUUUCAAAUAUAAGUUUAGGUUCCUCAGUGCU